CGAGAGCGCGAGGCGCUAGCCGGAGCCUACGAGCUGCUUGGGUUGGUUUGUAAGCGAGCUAGCUUUAGCAGUUUUGUGGUGUUUAAAAGAAGAUUAGCCGUUAGACAGGCAUUUUUCUCCCCGUUAGAUACACAGACAGCAGCGUCAUGAAGAAGCGAAGAGUAACUUGCCGUUAGUUAGUUAGUUAGUUAGUUAGCUAGCUAGCUAGUUAGUAAGCUAGUUAGUUAGUUAGCUAGCUAGCUGUAUGUUUGUGUAUUUCAGAGAAGCGCCACCCUCACCUCACCUCAUCACUCUCAGCGCGCGAGGCUUGGGCUGGGAGCCGCUCGCGGACUGAGCAGGGCUGUGUCUGCUUUUAUAAUGGCGACUGUUAUGUUCACGCUAUUUGUCCGCCUUUGUAGAUACUUGCAGGACCCUUGCCAUGUCGCCAGGUUUCAGCAGCUCUGCGGGGUCAGAGGGACGUUUUCCCGCAGAUCCGCCGAGAAGGAGACCGAGCAGGAUGUGUCUCCUAACGGUGCGUGUAUGAGACAGUGUGACUGUGAUCCAGAAGGAGACACUGAGCCCAGGAAGACUGCGACUCUAAAACAACACGACCCGGUUAACAGCGAGAACCAGGAGGUUCCUGUGAGUAGCCAUGGUGCUGAGAAAUUAGAUUCAAGAGGAAGAGUGAAGCCUCUCCGGAAGAACUCUCUGACCGAUGAUGUUGGCCAGGAGUUCAUUAUCGAGAACAAGUUCCUCUUCUACCUGUUCACCAUGGGCACCGAACUGGGCAACGAGAUGUUCUUCAUCGUGUUCUUCCCCUUCUUGAUGUGGAAUGUAGAUGCAUGUGUGAGCCGGCAGGUGAUCGUUGUGUGGGUCUGGGUGCUGUUCUUCGGACAGACCACCAAAGACCUGGUGCGCUGGACACGACCUGCUUCUCCACCCGUGGUCAAAGUGGAGGUCUUUUACAACUUCGAGUACAGCAUGCCAUCAGUGCAUGCCAUGACCGGAACCUCUGUCCCUUUCUGUCUUUUCCUGCUCACUUACAACCGCUGGGAGUAUCCUUUCCUGUUUGGACUGAGUGUGGCCACAUGCUGGAGUUUCCUGGUAUGCAUAAGCAGAAUCUACAUGGGAAUGCAUUCUGUCUUGGAGGUGAUCACAGGCUUCCUGUACAGCUUGCUGAUCCUGGCUGGCUUUCUGCCUGUGCUGGAAGACAUCGACACAUUCUACUUAUCCAACCGCAUGGCUCCUGCACUCAUUCUGCUGCUGCAUGUGGGCUUGGCCAUGCUCGCCUUCGCUCUGGAUUCGUGGAGUACGUCCCGAGCUGACACCGCCCAAGCUCUGGCUACCGGUGCAGGGGGUGCACUGGCAAGCCACCUCAACCAGCAGCUGAGCCUGCAGCCUGACCCGCCUGCCUCCUCGCUACCCCUAAAGAUGCCCUCCAUCACCGGAGCACUGCUGGGACGCUCUGUUCUCCGCUUACUGAUCGGUGUGGCAGCUCUGCUGGCUGUGCGUGCAAUCAUGAAGGCCAUCGCCAUCCCACUAGCCUGCCAUUUAUUCGGCGUACCAUCUAACGAUGUACGCAAGGCGCGACAGAACCCUCGUGUGGAGCUUACUUACCGCUUCCUGGUUUAUGGAACAGUGGCCUUUUGCUGCGUCUUCCUUGUGCCGUUGCUCUUCCUCGGUCUGAACCUGUCGUGAAGAAACUGUUGGGCUUCUGCCUUCGCCAGUAAUGUGUUUAUCAGAUAAAGUCUCUGGGAGCACCCUGGACGGACACAACAGUUUUCCAGAAAACAUUUUUGGGAGUCAGCUGGCAUUAGAAGGCAAAGAAACCACUAAACUUUAAGUAAAUGGUUUUGUUUGUUUUUUUCUUCCAUCCUUUUUAUCUGAUUUUAUUGUCACUUAUUAAUAUGUCAAUUUUAAAUGUUUCUAUCCUUAACCUUUUUAAAUCUUUCUUUAAUAAACCAAAGUGUCAUUGAUUGACUGACUGUGCUAGAGGAUAAAUAUUAGAUCAGGCAGCUUUUUGCACAACUCCACAUGAAGAAUGAUGGGUUGGUCAACAUCAGUAAUGAGUCCAUAAGGAAAUCAUGAAGUUUAAAGCAAGGUGGACAGAAAUUCAUUAAUGACUGUUAAAAAAAAAAAAAAACUUAUUCACUGAGUUGCCAGUUUACUCCAUAACUGUACUGACCAAUUGCUAAUACCUUCUAGCUAUGUUUUGUUCAGGCUGUAGCCCAUUUGUUGCAAUGCAAAAUAUGGCAGCAUCCACAUUUUGUUAAUUUUUCCACCAAUUUGUUUCCCUUUGCCUUUCUUCUACCACGUGACACAAACUAGGACGUGGACGGAGCUAAAAAUUGUGCAAUCUAUUGAUUGGUCAAAUGCAGUCGCACAGAGCCGCCUGAUUUGUAGUUAUCUGACUGGAUAGUGUUAUAUGACUUGCACUAAGCCAGGACAUGGAUUUGUUCCUGAGCCGCACUGUUUGACUGAAAAAUACUGAAACUGUCCAGAGCUACAGUCAGUCAUUGUGUACGUACACAGCACAUCUGUAUGGGUGUGGUGUAGCUAUGACACAGUUGUGCUUAAUACACUGUUUGCGUCACAAACGUGAACAAAAGCGUCUGCUGCAGAAUUAAACAACAAUAUUUAGGACCAUUUCUGUUUGGUCACGUGAGGAUCCGGUUUGUUUUAUCUCCACCCGUCUCCUCAACAGCCUUCCUACCUACACCCAUCCUGCACCAUUGUGUUCGACAGUACAUUUGGCUCCUUUCCCACCAAAUUAAGCCUGCUCACACUCGCAAGCUCUGUCUGCUCAUGUUAAACUUGUAAAUACAAACCCACCCCUGAGGGUUUUCCCUAUUUAGGUCUUUCUUUGUCUCCUAAUACUUGAUCCUGAAUCAUGUUUUGGGUUUUUUUUUUUUGUUUUUUCCCCGACUUCAGAGCAGCUCAGCUAAAAAGUCGGACUUGUGUUUGAAGUUUUCAGACUAGUGAUAUGUCGUCAUACUUGAUGGUGCGCAGUUUCUUAAAUUUAAAUCUUCCUGUGUUUUGUUUUGUUUACUUUGCAUUUUGUGUUAAAUUGAUCAUUUUUGAAAGAAAAAAGGGGGCGGUGGUUUCCUGUUUCUUCAUUGUGUGUGCAUAAAUUCAUACAUGCCCAAUCUAAAUCUCUGGACUCCAGCCCUGUGGCCUCUUUGUCUCUCACACAGUCUCUUGGAUCAUUUCACACCUGCAAGGCCACAGGGCUGAUGAGAAGGGACUUCAGCUUGAGUCAUUUCCUUGGAUAACAUUUUAUCGCUAUAUAUCCCUCAUCUCAUUAUCUGAAGCGGCUACAGAUCGCUAUAUGUGUGUGUGUGUGUGUGUGUGUGUGUGUGUUUAUUUUUAUAUAUACAGGAGAGAGGCUAUUACACGGUUGCACAAAGAUAUUAAGUUUAUCUCUGAGUGGUGAGCGUAUUUCACGAGUGAGCAUAGCAAAUGAUAAACUUCAUAUCUUCUCACCACUGUGUAAUGUUCUUUAUAUUAUAUGGACACAUCCACACACACAAAAAUACGCUCGUUAAUCAUCUCAUCUCAUUAUCUCUAGCCGCUUUAUCCUGUUCUACAGGGUCGCAGGCAAGCUGGAGCCUAUCCCAGCUGACUACGGGCGAAA